AUGGCUGAAACUGCUUUUUUGGAUAUUCUAUUUAAAGAGUUGGACCUGCUACUUGAGGGGUAUGAUUGUUUGAAGAGUUGGAGCUCCCACAAUGAGCUGAGACUCAUGAGGACCAUCAUCAAGAAACUGGCUGCCAAACACAAUGACCAUAGUGAAGUGAAAGUUCUGGGGAUCAAAAAACAUGCCAAUAUCGUCAAAUUGUUGGGCUUCAUCACUAAUGAUACCAAGGCAAUACUCAUCCGUGUCAUACAAUAUCUUAAGGCUCUCGUUACAGCUGCGCAAGUGCAAGAAUUUGGCGGUUGGGAUACCCCAAUAGUUGAGGAAAAAGCUAUGGUGCGCUUGGAAUUGGGAAACUGUUCUCAUAUUGGCAAUUCAUCGAGAGCAGAUGACUUCAUGAUAGAGGAAGAAACCAAGGUGCCAGUGGAGCCACUUGUUGAGGGACAAAAGAAUCCACAAGUGUCAUCGAUUGUUGGCAUGCCUGGAAUUAGUUCAGGGUUUCUGCAAAAACAUGUGGAAGAGACGCUGGCUGAAAGUUACUUGGAUAUACUAUUGUGGACAUUAGACGAGCUACGUGUUUUGAUUUCUGAUCAGCAGUACCAGAUCCAACCUCUGUACAAAGAGCUGAAACUCCUGAUGACUUUUGUAAAGGGAUUGGCUGAGAAACACUUUGAGUAUAAUGAAGUGAAAACUGUGGUGAAAAACAUUUAUGAUGUCAAAGACAAGGCAAGCGAUGUCAUCACAUCAUUUGUACCGGGAGUAUAUGAUUCAAGGGAAAAGCUCAUAUGUGUCAAAGAUGUUAUCUCACAUUCAGAAGAUGUCUAUGAUGUGAGGAAAAAACUUAUGACUCUCAUAGAAGAUCUUAAAGCUUUCAAGGAAGAGGCGCUUCAAAUUUGUGUCGAGACGUAUGGUAUCAAAUUCGAGCAAGUGCCACAAUCUGGUGAAUGUUCAUCAAGAGCAGAUCCACUAGUGGCAGAGGAAACAACUGCGGUGAACUUGCAUUUUGGAAGGUCUUGUAGUGUUGGAAAUUCAGAGAGAUCAUACCCCAUAAUGAGAGAGGAAGAAAUGGCGGUAGGCUUUGAUGAGGAGAUGGUUGUUGGUUUAUUUUUUAUGGAGUCUAGUUUGUAUAUGUGA